AUGCUUGUUUUGACUCCAACCAAACCCUUCCACUUUCGUGAUGCAAGCAACACUUUUUGCUUUCGUUUUUCCGUCUGUUCACUUCCCGCCCAAAUAUUUUCCUUCAGGAUAAACCACAUAUUUCUAUUUCUUUCUUUUACAGUGUUUCCUUUCUUCCUUUAUUCUUGUCAUUCUUUCUUAUUUCUUCCCUCCCCCUCCUUCUUUUUUCCUCUUUCUGAUUAUCAUUCACUCCUUUUUUUCUUUCUUACUUAUAUUCUUCGUUCAUUCUUUCAUUUUCCUUUCGUUUUUCUACUUUCUUUACAUUAUUUUCACGCUUUUUCCAUCUAUCAUUUUCUUUUGAAUUUCUUCUAUUGCCAUUUUUCUUUUUACUUCUCUAAUUUCUUUAUUUUCGAAUUUUUCUUCUUUUUUUCUUUCCACCUGCAAUUUUCUUUUUUGUUUUAUUUUUCUUUCUAUUUUCUGUUUCAUCCAUUUUAUUAUUCUUCCAGUUUUCUUUUGCUUAUCCUACCGUUAUUCGUUCAUUUUGUCUUUCUUGCUCUCUGUUUUCUUUUUUCUUUUUUACUUACCUUUUUUCCCGACCUAUAUUUCUUGUCCCUUUUCCUUUUUUUUUUUUUUUUCACUCAUUUAAUUUAUUCUUUCUCUAUUCUGCCUUUCCUCUUGUUUAUACUUUCUUUUUAUCCUCUCGUUAUUCUUGCCUCUUUCUUUCUUACUGCCUUUCUUUCUUUCUUACUGCCUUUCUUUCUUUCUUACCGCCUUUCUUUCUUUCUUUUCUCCUUUUUGCAACCUGUAUUUUCUUAUGUUUUUAUUUCUCUGUCUCGUCUAUUCUUUUUCUCAUUCUUCCCUUCAUUUGAUUAUAACAUCCUUAUUCGUUUUCGUUUCUUCCUCCUCCUCUUCCUCCUCUUCCUCCUCCUCUUCCUCCUCCUCUUCCUCCUCCUCUUCCCCCUCCUCCUCCACUUCCUCCUCCUUCUUCUUGUCUUUCUUCUUUUCUAUUUAAUGCCCUUUUCCUUUAUUUUAUCUACAUCGCUUUUUAUUUCAUUUUUCUCCAUCCUAUGA